AUGAACAAGAUCCGAAAGUUUUUCCGAGGAAGUGGGAGAGUCUUGGCAUUUAUAUUUGUAGCUUCUGUCAUCUGGCUGCUCUUUGACAUGGCAGCUCUCCGCCUCUCAUUCAGUGAGAUCAACACAGGGAUACUCAAAGAAGAUAUCCUGAAGAGGGAACAGACAGGAUUCAGAGUCCAGCCAGACCAAAUGAAGAUCUUUCAUAACAGCAUCAGAGGGAUGAGGCUGCCCCGGAAUGGAAUGUGGGGCAAGGAAAACUUUAGAAAGGCUGACGACCACAUGCUCAGGGUUGAAGAGACUACAAACCAAGUUCAGAUGAAUGAGAAAAUGCAGAUCCGCCUGGGAAGGGGGAAAGCGGUGCCUUUGUGGCAUCUUGCACAUCUGCAAACCCUCCCAGUGACUCUUCCCAUGCAGAAGACUGUAGGGAGAGACAGCAAGCCUGCUGUCUUCUCCCAGCACAUGAUGUCCAAGCAAACAACAUUCACAGCAUCAAGAGGAACUCCAUUGACCAAAAUAUCACAACACACAGACACUUUCGAUAAGAAACAAGAGGCCCCAAAGAAUCAUAAUCUCAGCAAUGAUUCAUCAAAGCAAGCAUCUGAAAGGGCCCCGAAUGUGACCAUCAGUGUCAGGACUGACAGACCAAAGCAGCACUCACAGACAGUGACAAAAUCAAGGAUGCGCUUUGCCAGCCCACCAAUCCUGAAAUCUGGGGAAGCCACAGCCAUAAAGAAAACCGAGGCUCAGAGCGAAGAACUGAAACACAAAGCCUACAAAGUGAUGCCUCUUUUUAAGUUCAUUGCUAAUACAGGACAUUUCAAGAAGCAAUCUAUGAAUGAGACACAAUUGGGAGGCUUUCCAGAAGAUGAUGAGGCCAAAGUAGCGCCAGGGAAGAAACUUAAUUUCUCUGAAAGCCAUGUUGUCAUUAUAACCAAAGACGAAGACCUGAAGACAGAUACCAAAAAGGUGCCUAAUUCUAAAUUCCAGACUGUCUUUCCUAAAUCUCUGGGUGAAAACCAAGGUAAACACAUCCCUAGGAAUCAAAGCAAGACAUCUUCCUCUCCACUAGCUCUACAGAGAGCAGAGUCUCAAGCCAAGCCCGCUUUAGCUGGGGGACCCCGUGCAGUAAGAAGCAACUCGACAGCCAAAGCCGAGACUUUGGGACACCAGCAAAGCCUUGCAAAUAGCACUGAAAACCCUGGAAGGCACCGUGUGUUGAAAAUCGAUAGGACCCUUUCUCCAAGGGAUCCCAAUGCUCCAGGUCAGUUUGGACGCCCUGUGGUGGUUCCCCCUGGAAAGAAGAAGGAGGCUGAGCGGAGAUGGAAAGAAGGAAACUUCAAUGUCUACCUCAGUGACUUGAUUCCAGUGGACAGAGCCAUUGAAGACACAAGGCCUGCUGGGUGUGCAGAGCAGCUGGUUCACAAUGACCUCCCAACCACCAGCAUCAUCAUGUGCUUUGUGGAUGAGGUGUGGUCCGCGCUCCUGAGGUCUGUCCACAGCGUCCUCAACCGUUCGCCUCCUCACCUCAUCAAGGAGGUGCUGCUGGUGGACGACUUCAGCACCAAAGACUACCUUAAAGCUAAUUUGGAUAAAUACAUGUCUCAGUUUCCAAAAGUUCGGAUUCUUCGCCUCAAAGAGAGACAUGGCUUGAUCAGAGCACGGCUGGCAGGGGCACAGAAUGCAACAGGUGAUGUGUUAACAUUCCUAGACUCUCAUGUGGAAUGUAAUGUGGGCUGGUUGGAGCCCCUUCUGGAAAGAGUUUAUUUAAAUAGAAAGAAAGUGGCCUGUCCAGUAAUUGAAGUCAUCAAUGACAAGGACAUGAGUUACAUGACAGUGGACAACUUCCAAAGAGGUGUCUUCACCUGGCCCAUGAACUUUGGCUGGAGAACAAUUCCUCCAGAUGUUGUUGCAAAAAAUGGGAUUAAAGAAACUGACAUAAUAAGGUGCCCAGUCAUGGCAGGUGGAUUAUUUUCCAUUGACAAAAGUUACUUUUAUGAACUUGGAACUUAUGACCCUGGCCUUGAUGUUUGGGGUGGAGAAAAUAUGGAGCUGUCAUUCAAGGUCUGGAUGUGCGGUGGGGAAAUCGAGAUCGUUCCCUGUUCCAGGGUGGGCCACAUCUUCAGAAACGACAAUCCGUACUCCUUCCCCAAAGACCGUAUGAAGACGGUGGAACGGAACCUGGUUCGGGUGGCCGAGGUCUGGCUGGAUGAGUACAAGGAAGUCUUCUACGGCCAUGGGGAUCACCUCAUAGACCAAGGGUUAGAUGUGGGCAACCUCACCCAGCAAAGGGAGCUGCGGGAGAAGCUGAAAUGCAAGAGUUUCAAGUGGUACUUGGACAAUGUCUUUCCUGACUUGAAGGCUCCCGUUGUGAGAGCUGGUGGUGUGCUUAUUAAUAUGGCCCUGGGCAAGUGUGUUUCCAUGGAAAAUACCACAGCCACCCUGCAGGACUGUGAUGGGAGUAGCCAGCAUCAACAAUUUAAUUAUACCUGGGUCCGACUAAUUAAGCAUGGAGAGUGGUGCAUGGCGUCCAUCCCUGAUAAAGGAUCCCUGAGACUGCAGCCUUGUGAUAACAGAAACAACAGGCUCAAAUGGCUGCACAAGUCAGCAUCCGCCUUUCAUCCAGAACUGGUGGAUCAUAUUGUUUUCGAGAACUAUCAGCAGUUGUUAUGCGUGGAAGGGAAUUUUCUUCAGAAGACCCUGAAACUGGCUGCUUGUAACCUGAUGGAACCAUUACAAAAGUGGAAAUUUGAAAAAUACUAUGAAGGCUAGCCGGGAAUAUUCCAUCUGUUUAAUCCACUAGAUUCUGUGAAAACAACACCAAACUUGGUGACUGUAUUUCUCUUCAUGGUAGUUUAAAAUUUUCCAUUUUAGUACCAUUUGAAUGGAAGAUUUUUGAAAAUGACUACAUUUGAAACACCAAACAAUAACUCAGGGAACCAGGCUGCCAUUGGACUGGACUUCUUUCAGCUCUUAGUGGCCUUUGAAGAUGUCCUGCCCUGUGCUGUACGGCCUACUGCAAGUCUUGUCCUCAGACUCUCACAGGUAACCAGAACAAAGACAGACAAUGAUGCCAUGACCAUGAAUGCUGUCAUGGCCCAGGAACAGGGGUAAACCCAACUAGAUUCUGGUUUCAUCAAAUUCAUCUGUGUCGAUUCACACACCAGGAAGACUCAGCUAGCUGCACAGAGACACUGCCCGGUUGAAGUAUCUCUAUGUGUACCUGUCAGUGAGCAGUAGUCUGGUCAACUCUUUAAGAACCUUCCUAGUAGGGGCAUUGAUCUGGAUGACUGGGGAGUUUCUUCCCAAUCUGAGGCUGUAGGGGAAAAAAUAAGGAAAAGGGGAGACGCUUUAAUG